AUGGCGGAGGCGGCGGCUGCAGCCGGUGGGACGGGCGCGGGCGUGGGCUCCGGCUCUGCCGCGGACCGGGACCGGGACCGCGCCGGGCGGAGGCUCCGGGUUCUCUCGGGCCAUCUCCUGGGCCGGCCCCAGGAGGCUGUGAGUACCAAUGAGUGCAAAGCGCCGAGAGCCGCGUCGGCGGCCACGGCGGCGCCCAGUGCCGCUCCCGCCGCGCAGGAGUCAGGCACCAUCCCCAAGAAGCGGCAAGAAGUUAUGAAAUGGAAUGGAUGGGGAUAUAAUGAUUCCAAGUUCUUCUUCAAUAAAAAAGGCCAAGUUGAGUUGACUGGGAAAAGGUUUUCAACAGCAUGUCAUGAUGAUGUAGUUAAGAUUGUGAAUCUAGCAUGCAAAUAUAACCUUUGUAUCAUACCAAUUGGUGGAGGAACAAGUGUAUCAUAUGGCCUAAUGUGUCCUGCAGAUGAGACAAGAACAAUUAUUUCUUUGGACACUUCACAAAUGAAUCGAAUCCUCUGGGUUGAUGAGAACAAUCUGACAGCUCAUGUGGAGGCUGGUAUCACAGGACAGGAGUUGGAGAGACAGCUUAAAGAAAGUGGUUAUUGUACAGGUCAUGAACCAGAUUCCCUGGAAUUCAGCACUGUGGGAGGAUGGGUAUCUACUCGGGCAUCGGGCAUGAAGAAGAAUAUCUAUGGCAAUAUUGAGGACCUGGUGGUUCAUAUAAAAAUGGUAACACCUAGAGGUAUAAUAGAAAAAAGCUGUCAAGGACCUCGUAUGUCAACAGGCCCUGAUAUCCAUCACUUCAUCAUGGGAUCUGAAGGAACUCUUGGUGUGAUAACAGAAGCUACAAUAAAAAUCAGACCAAUCCCUGAAUACCAAAAGUAUGGCUCAGUAGCUUUCCCUAAUUUUGAACAAGGAGUAGCCUGUUUAAGAGAAAUUGCAAAACAGAGAUGUGCUCCUGCAUCUAUCCGCCUCAUGGACAACCAACAGUUUCAGUUUGGUCAUGCUCUUAAACCUCAGGUUUCCUCUAUUUUCACAUCAUUUUUGGAUGGCUUAAAGAAGUUUUAUAUUACAAAGUUUAAAGGAUUUGAUCCAAAUCAGCUAACUGUCGCUACAUUACUGUUUGAGGGGGACCGUGAGAAGGUUCUUCAACAUGAAAAACAAGUGUAUGACAUUGCUGCAAAAUUUGGUGGGUUGGCAGCUGGAGAAGAUAAUGGACAGAGAGGUUAUUUGCUGACCUAUGUCAUUGCAUACAUUCGAGACUUGGGUUUGGAAUACUAUGUAUUAGGAGAGUCUUUCGAGACUUCAGCUCCUUGGGACAGCCUUGUGGAAAUUGUCUGUUUGUUUUUUAGGGUGACGCAGAUUUAUGAUGCAGGUGCAUGCAUCUAUUUCUACUUUGCCUUUAACUACAGGGGAAUAAGUGACCCACUGACUGUGUUUGAACAAACAGAGGCAGCUGCUAGAGAAGAAAUCCUUGCUAAUGGAGGGAGCCUGUCGCAUCACCACGGAGUGGGCAAGUUACGGAAGCAGUGGCUAAAGGAAAGUAUCUCUGAUGUCGGCUUUGGGAUGCUGAAGUCUGUCAAGGAAUAUGUGGACCCCAAUAACAUCUUUGGAAACAAAAACCUUUUAUAAAUCUAUUACUGUUGUUACGAAAAAUGUCACUUUUUUUUUUUUUUUUUAAGUCUUCGACUACGGUUAUACCGGUAAUCAAAUACAUCAUGGACUGUAUUUCAGCAAAAAUUUUUUUUGGUUGAAAAUAAGUUGUUUCAUUCUGUAUUUGUUUUGUUUCUACAUCUAUGGAUUGACAGAUGGUAUUUCUAAAUCUCUCUCAUUGUAGGUGCAUCAGUUUACCGCCAAUUGGUUGUCAUUUCAAAUUUUAGUCAGGCAGCACAAGGCUGCUAGUUGUUAUUUCAAAGGAAGAUGCUGCCAGCUGGUCUGUAUUGAUGCUUCCCCUUGGGAACAAAGGCAGAUUUUGGCGUCAUCCACUGCUUAUCUAGCCUCUUUUUAAAAGGGCGUUUCUGGGAAGCCGGUAUCAAGGGAAGGAUUCCGUUGAGGAGUGAUUACACAUUCUAGUGUGAGUAGGCCAUUAAGGAGGGUACUCAUGAAAGAACAUAGGCAACCUGUUAUUUAGGAUACCUUCAGUUCUGUGAGGUGCUUGGCCUACAUUUUUCUUUGAAAUUAGUAUGCAGUUACAAAACCUUAAAUCAGUCUAAAAAUUGUUGUUAGGGGACAUGUUUUUGUUCUCCAUGUUUCUGUUUCUACUGAGGUAUGAGUUGUAUGUGUAUAACUGAAAUAACCUCUUGUUAUAUCCUAGUUCCUUUAUAAUAUGUUGUAUAAGAAAAGCUGACUUAUCACUCAUUGUAUGUGAAGAACAGGUUUACCGUGAAAUGAAUGCCUUUAUUCAGCUUAAGAGUCCUGAUGUUUCUGAUUUCACAUUCUUGUUGCUGAGAUGCAGAAGAAGCUGCAACAGAAACAGAAGAAGGAAGCCUCCUUACACUUAAUAUCUCCAGUUCAAAGAAUCGUUUGGCUAACGAAACACAGUUACCGUUUAACUAUUGAAUUUGAAAACCUCAAGUUUCAAUGACAGAUUUUUUUUUCAUUAGCCCAAACAACAUGAUAAAUUUUCAUAUAGAAGUAAAGUUUCAAUUUAGUUUUUAAUAGUGGUUUAAUGCCUUUUUAAAAUUACUGGUUUAACCUAAAUUUUGAAAAAAUGUAUUAAUACACAUGCCAUAAUCAAAAGUUUGAAAUAUCAUAUUUCUUAAAUAAUAGGGAGAACGUUAAUCACAUUUAGCAAACAUUUUUACAUUCAAACCUGGAUAUUAAAAUAAAUGAAAUGAUUACUUUGAAUCACUGUCUGUCAAGGUUCAUGAUUCACAUUUUGGGAUGGAUUCUUUUCUUGAUGCAAUACCUAACUUUUGAUAAUUUUUUAAAAUUAAUACUUGAUCAGAUAAUGUAAGUCAAAGUGCACACGAUCCUUUAAAAGGACACACUGUCUGUCUAUGUAGCAAUGGCUCCAAAGUAUUUUUGGGCAGUUUGAUACCUUUUUUAUCUGAAGUAUACUUAACCAGAAAAGUAAAAAUUUAAAUUGACAAAAUGGUAUUUUUGAGACUUCAAAAUGAUAAACAAUUUUUAAUAAAAUUGGCCUCAAACUAGUAAAAUCUGUAAGCAAAUCAAAAUUAAAUAUCAGUUUAAUAACAAAAACUAAAUAUUUAUUUAUUAGAAGCUGCCUCUCUUCAUUGGUGAUUUAUUUUUAAUUGUAAAAUUUCCAGCAGAUCUUAGCUUUAAAAGCUCUUGCUAUUUGAAAUAGUUGGAUGCUUGAUGAGGAAAUUACACUUGCCUCUAGAAUUAUAAAAAUCUCAGCUUUAUAAAAUGCAUCUAUCUAUUCAUGAAGGUAAUUUCUCUAACUGGUGAUCAAAAUGUAAAAUUUAAUACAGUACUAAUAUCUCACUGGAGUGUAUACAUGUUUCUGAGUAAUUUUUUUAAAUAAAAUUUACAGAUUCAUAAGCAGAUCCAUUCCUUUGCACGUGAUUGUUAUAACAUUUUUUCCCAGGCAGUUCAGAUUUCAGCAGCCUCAGAAAUCUGUAUUUGGUAUUAGGAAACUAUAAAUGUCACAGCUGAAAAUUGUUGUGUUCACUGUUCUACAUGAACCUUACGGAAAUUAGUGAUUUAUGUCUUGGUUUUUCUUCUCCCAUGUAUGCAGGACUCCCCAACCUUGAUUUUAUAGUGAUGACUACAUUCUGUUCUUGGUAUCAUUUCUACAGGGAUUAUUUUGAAACACAUGAACACUCAACACCAGUGCUGUUUGACUCUGAUUUAGUAAAUCAGAAAGCCUUUUUCCCCACUCUCACACCUGCUUCUGAGAGAUACCUCAGCAUAUACUUAGUUUCUGUGGAGAACUGGGUUCUUGAUUAUGCACAGAGGCACUUAAACCUUGCCUCAUAUUUCUGAAAUAUCUGAAAAUGGCUUCAUAAAAGUUAAAGCCUGGAGUACAUUGUUUAUGUGAGGCUUUUAAACUCACUUUGAAUAAGUUUGUUUGAAAUUUUAAAAGCUCAUAACCUAUUUGGUUUUUAGUACAGCAUAAACAUUGACUUGUCUUUCUUAAAUUAGUCAUAUUUCUAAUAUUUGUUGAUGUCACAUUUGGGUUGAGGUUUUAGUGGGACUAGGAACUUGCUGCUAGUGAGAAGUGGCAUUGAAUAGUAAAGACUCAAUAUGAACAGGCUUUAUUGACCCGUAGAGACUGAUGCCUUAAUGUUUGGUGCAAAAUACAGUGCAUAAGUGAAUUUCGUCUUAUACUGAGUAACUUGAGCUUUUUUAGUUUGUAAGAACUGUAGAAGCCACAUGCUUAUUGUGCCCAGCAUUUUACCACAAAGAAAGGAUUGAAUUCUUUCCUCUUCGGAAGAAUUGGGAGUUUACUUCCUAAAUGCUUACAUAUUUAGUACUAUUACUUAAGAGUUAUUUAUGAAGCUGGAAGCCUUCGUAAAUGUAGUUGUGUUGAUGUAUUUUGGAAAACAAAAGUGCAAUAAAGGAUGAGCUUCCAUCAGUGUGUAUACUCUGUCAGAUACAGAUGGUUGCAAGGAAACUUGGUUUUCAGAAUAUUCUCUUAGUAACUGCUAAGUCCUAGCUUACAUUUUUGAGAAUGCCUUUCUGCAUGCUGGCUCCAGAGACUUUUCUUUGUCCUUUCCUUUUUUAGCUACAACUUCUUAACCAGAGCUGAUCAAAGAAGCCCUGUAGUCCCAAGCUGAAGUGUGUAACCUCAGCUGUUCAAAUGGGGCUGGGUGUGGUUGAGCAUCUAUUCUGUGUAAGUGUAGAACACAGACAGUUUUUAUGGAUUGAUUCACAAGCUGCAUAUGCUGGUGCUUGAAGCAGCCACAAUGGAAUGCUGUGGAAAGUGUCUCUAUGUUUUAAGAAACACUGAGACAGGCAUUAAGGACAGCUUUAAUAGCUUUUCGUUUACCACUUAAUCUUUGGCAACUUUGCUUUUAGUUAGGGCUUAGCUCAUGGUGGGAGAAAAGCUGAAAAUAAGAAGUGCUAGUUUCGGAUUGAAGAAUCCAGAAUCACCUUUGGCUUGACGAGUGAUUGGAAGCGCGGCUUUGCUCAAGGCUCCAAAUGAACCAUAUGUCAAUAUAUUCAUUGAAUUGUUAUUAAUUUCAGUGUCCUGAAAAGGAAAGAAUGUAUACAUUGAUGCUGAAAUUCAGAAAAUGUAAAAGAAUUUUUUUAACUAUCGAAUAGAGUUUCUGCUAUGAAGGAUGUAAGUUACUUGGCUUUCUGCUUCCUAAACCACACUGUUUGUCUUUAGUGUGGAAUUUGUAAAAAACUACUUGUAACACAACAGGUUACAGAAAAAUAUAUUAUUAAUAAAAUGCACCCAGGUCUAA